GUGACGAGGCACGGGCUCACGAGCACUUUCCCACUCCCAAAGUUAGAUUUUUUAAGUGGAAAAGUUGCAUAACAAAACUAAAAUCCAAGAAGACGCGUCUCUAUUGUGGUUGUUUUGUUUUUUUUUAUUCAAUGAAUAUAAAUAGUUUUGGCGGUGGAUAGAUGAGAACAAAGUCCUAACAAAAUUUGUCUCCGGCGGCGAUGGAGCAACAUCGGAAACUUGAGCUCAUCGACCUUGCAAUUCAGAAGCUUAUUCACAACAACAGUGACAAUAAUAAUGAUAAUAGUAAUAACCAUAACCUUAAAGACCACGAAGCUGAAUAUCAACAUGCUCUCUCCCACCUACUCUCUGUCUCUCAGCAGUUGGAAAUGUCUAAAAGAGAUGAAACAGUGAACCAAUCCGAAGCAUCUAGUCCUUCAGAGCCUGUAGCUUCUGCAAUUGAGAAAACAGAAAGUGAAACUGUGGAUGGUGGUGGAGGAUGCAGGGGAAGUGAAAAUGAUGAUGAGAUAAUCAAAGAGCUAAAAAAGGUGAAGAAGCAGAAUUUUGUGACUCAUUGUCUUCUUUCAGUGAUGAUUGUGCUCACUGUGGCUUGGCAACUAUCAGAGGUUUCACUUGUUUUGAAAGUGAAGGAUGGAAUAAACCACCCCUUUAGAUCCUUUGGGAAUAUGCUUAAAGAGAUUGUGAAAGUCUCUGACAUCAAUGGCCAAGAUGCUGAUGACAAAGAAAACAAUGAAUCUCCAUCUCUUCCUUCCCUAAAGAUUCCUGAUAUGACUAUCAACAUGGAUGUACCAAAUUCUGGAAAGGAAUGAAACUUGUCCUUUUUUUUAAAUGGUUCAUCAUUCUCAAUUGGUUGAACUUGAAAGUGGUACUGAAAAGUUACCGACGGAAAUGACUCUAGAGGAGCAUUAUAAGCCAUUGCUUGUAAUGUUCAUUCCCAUUUCGUGUAUGAUUUUCUACUGUAGUUGUGUUAAUUAGUGAAGAUAUAAGACAGACACCAGAUGAUAUUUUAAGCAUCCCUAUAUCCUAUUAUUCUAAGCCACUGAAUUAUUCGGUA